AUGACGACCAGGUUCAAGAACUGCCGCAAACUCAGGGGCCACGUGUCCCAUGGUCACGGAAGGGUUGGCAAGCAUCGUAAGCACCCCGGUGGUCGUGGUAAGGCCGGUGGUCAGAGCCACCACCGUAUUCUUUUCGACAAGUUCCACCCUGGUUACUUCGGAAAGGUCGGUAUGAGGUACUUCCACAAGAUCAAGAACCGCUUCUACUGCAAGACCGUCAACGUCGAGAACCUCUGGUCCAUGGUCCCCAAGGAGGACGUUGAGGCCGUCGCCCAGGAGCCCGGAAAGGCCCCGGUGCUCGACCUCGUGCAGAGGGGGUACUUCAAGGUCCUGGGAACCGGAAAGAUGCCCCAGAAGCCGCUCGUUGUCAAGGCCAGGUUCUUCAGCAAGCUCGCUGAGAGGAAGAUCAAGGCUGCCGGAGGAGCAUGCGUCCUCGUGGCUUAA